CGGGGCUGCUCCAGUCCGGGGCUUCGUUCUGCGCCGGGGCCGCUUAACUGCACGCGGUGCCCAUGUUUGAAGAUGCCAGCUACUGCAUAUGAAAGAGUGAUUUACAAGAACCCCUCAGAGUACCACUAUAUGAAAGUCUGCUUAGAGUUUCAAGAACACGGAAUUGAGCUGAACGCAGCCCAAUUCAAACAGCUGCUUGUUUCGGCCCUGAAGGACCUGUUUGGGGAGGUUGGUGCUGCUUUACCUGUGGACGUCCUAACCUAUGAAGAGAAGACCUUGUCAGCCAUCUUGAGAGUGUGCAGCAGUGGUCUGACUAAAUUGUGGAGCUCUUUGACCUUGUUCGGAGCCUAUAAAAACAAAAAGUGUGCCUUCAGAGUGAUUCAGGUGUCUCCCUUUCUCCUCGCAUUAUCUGGUAAUAGCAGGGAACAAGUGUUGGAUUGAAUACUCUUACAGUUCCAGAAACCUCCACUCUCAACAGAAUCUUUUGGUAUCUACAUAGAUUGAAAAAAAAGAAGCAGGCUAAAGCCCCUA